AUGGAUGUCGAGGAGUUGUACGACGAGUUUGGGAACUACAUUGGCCCAGAGGAAUCAGAAUCGGAUAGCGGGUCGCUUCAGUUACCCGAGCGUCACUCGGAACCAACCACCACUGCAGGUGUCCAAGCGGAUACCAGCAGCCCAGUGAAGGCACCUGGCACAGGCCUAGAACGUUUGAAUCAAAAUUCCACAGGUGGGGGAGAGAAUGGCGAUUCUAACGCGAUUGUACUGGCGGAGGACAAGCAGUACUACCCAUCUGCCGAGGAAGUUUUCGGUCCGGACACUGAAGUUCUAAUCGAAGAGGAAGACGCGCAGCCCAUUUCAGAGCCGAUCAUAGCCCCGAUAGUUGAACCGUCAUCGGGAUUGCACGAAAGCAAAGAAUCUAUCCCACCGGCAAAGUACAGUCGAGCCUACCUCACAAAUGCAGUGCUCCCAAAUUGCAGCCGAGUACGAAAUAUUGCCGUUGUUGGGCAUUUGCAUCAUGGAAAGACAGCGUUCGCAGACAUGCUGUUUGAGGCCACACAUGAAAUGCCAUGGGGGAAACUGGAUGACCGCAGCCUACCAGUGCGCUAUAUGGAUACAAGAAGAGAUGAACAGUCGCUUGCUAUCUCAAUCAAAACCACAUUGUCUACUUUUCUGCUUCAGAACUUCAAGGAGAAGUCAUAUGCAUUUAACGUCGUAGAUACACCGGGGCAUGUGAAUUUUUUGGACGAAGCCAUUGCCGGCAUGACAAUGGUUGAUGGAGUUGUAGUCGUAGUUGAUGUUGCGGAAGGUAUCAUGAUGGGUGCCGAAAUUUUGAUGAAGAAAGCAGCUGUUUUGAAGCUUGACAUCGUUCUCAUAAUAUCGAAACUCGAUCGCCUCCCUCUUGAACUUCGACUUCCUCCAGCCCACGCGUACCACAAGAUUCGUCAUAUAAUCGACUGUGCAAAUGAUAUCAUCGAACCGUAUGGGCUUCCCGAAUUGUCACCCGCUGCUGGGAACGUGGCUUUUGCUUCGUCGGUGGAGCGCGUUUGUUUCACAUUGGAACAGUAUGCUCAGACAUACAUAGCUGCUAAUGGUGGCUCUUCCCGGUUUCCGCUUUUGCCAUCACAGUUAGCAACGCGGUUCUGGGGCGAUAAGUAUUAUGAUAAGGGCAAGCGAAGGUUUACGGACAAAAACCCGGGAGGUGACGUGAGGCGAAGUUUCGUUGAGUUUGUUCUGGAACCAUUUUACAAGCUCCACACUGCUGUUGUGUCGUCAGACGCUGACGAUCUUGCAGAUUUUCUAAAUCGCAAUUCGUUAAUUGGGGACGAAAAGGGGUUUGCCACUGGGAAAUGCCUCGGUUCAGCUCGAAACAAACGGCUAGAUGUGAAUAAGAAACCACUACUUAAGUCAAUAGUUGGCAGUGCGUUUGGCUGGGGAAAUAUGGCUGGGUUUGUUGAAAUGGUUACUCAGCACAUCAGUUCACCAGAGCAGACUGGGAUUCGCAAGAUAGACGUCAUGAGUCGCAGUGCGGAUUUGGACAUGGGUGAGGCAACUGUCGGAAAGAAGGAUUGGGUCGGCGCAAUAGAGGACUGCCUUUCGUCACCAUCAGCUCCUCUGACAGCUUAUGUGGGAAAGCUAGUACCCGAUGAGAAAGGACACCAUUUUGACUGCAUGCUGCGUGUUUUGAGUGGGACUCUGCGAGUCGGACAGAAGGUGCGGGUGCUCGGAGACACCUACGAUAAAACCGAGAACGCGGAAGACCAAGCAGUUGCAGUUGUCACCGCCGUGUUCAUCUCUUGUGCACGGUUCAAGAUUGAAGUUAAUGAUGCAAAAGCUGGGCAAUUGGUCCUUGUACGAGGUAUUGACCAAACUGUCUUCACAUCGGCAACAGUUGUCUCUGCAAGCGAUUCAGAGUGUCAAGAGGCAUAUGCAUUACGAUCGUUACGAGACUUUCUUCCGGCGGCUUCCACAAAAGUUGCGAUAGAACCUUUGCGUCCCUCAGAUCUACCGAAAAUGGUGGCCUCGCUUCAACAGUGCGUGAAAUCAUUCCCAGGUUUAGUAUCCAAGGUCGAGGAAAGUGGGGAACAUACCAUAGUUGGGUCCGGGGAACUUUAUCUGGAUUGUGCGUUACGUGAUCUACGGGAAGCAUACGGAAAGGUGGACAUCAAAAUUUCGGACCCCGUCGUACCGUUUGCUGAGACAGUGACUGAGAUGUCGGCCCUUCAAUGCUACGGAAAGACGCCCAACAAGCACAACAAGCUAGUCAUGGUAGCAGAGCCCCUUGAAAGCAGCAUCCUCGAUGGACUGGAAUCUGGGAAGCUUGAGAAGAGCGGGAAUUCGUCAAUGCUAUUACGAGAGUUGGGCUGGGACGCACUUGCGGCUCGGUCCCUGUGGACGUUUGGUCCAGAUAUAGCGCGCGGUCCGAAUGCGUUGCUAAAUGAUGUUUUGAUCCAGGAGACGCGAAGGGAGUCUGACGACGUGCGAGAAUCGAUCGUACGGGGUUUUUGCUGGGCGAUGCAAGAGGGUCCGCUAACAGAUGAACCGGUGCGUGGCGUGAAGAUGAGACUGCUAGACGCCAGCAUUGCGAGCCGGGAGUUUUUACGGUCUCCAGCACAGAUCAUCCCGACGUGCCGGCGAGUGGCAUAUUCGUCGAUUCUAACAGCGAACCCGCGUCUGAUGGAGCCCGUGUAUAGAACAGAGAUUAUCUGUGGGAGUGCGGCGCUGUCAGCUGCGUAUAUGCUGGUUGGGCGGCGACGAGGGGUGGUGCUAGAAGAGAGCGAGGUGGCCGGUGCACCGCUGAUGCGACUGAUGGUUGACAUGCCCGUGUUGGAUUCUUUUGGGUUUGAGACGGACCUGCGGGUGCUGACGCAAGGCGGGGCAUUCUGCAUGCAGGUGUUUGAUCAUUGGGGCGUCGUGCCUGGGGAUCCGCUCGACAAGACAGUUGAGCUGCGUCCGCUUGAGCCAUCCGGGAGAAGAGAGCUGGCGCGCGAAUGCAUGCUGAAGACACGGAGGCGCAAGGGGAUGGGUGAUGAGGUGUCACUUACUAAAUAUUUUGACGAUCCUUUGCUGGCAGAGCUGGCCAAGGACAACGAGGAACUGCGGCAACUGUUGUGA